CUGACAAACUGGAAAAAGCGACCCAUGCCGAUAAACUCAAGUUGGUUCUGGAUAAGCUAUCGUAAUCGAGACCAGCGUCUGACCCCUGGCGAGAGGAAGGCAGGCAGAUGAUUGUUCGGUAAGACGUGAAUAUGGUUCCCCGGAAGAGUUGCUACAACUGGUGGUUGUGGGAAGGACUUGAUUAUUUUUCGUCAUGUUUGACUAUACCAUUCCUUCAUCUUCUUUCACUGUGUCUUUCCUGUUACUGUCAAACAACUUUUGAUCGGCAACAAUUCAGAAUACUCUUCUUGAGGUAUGCAGUUGGAGGACCUAUACUGUUGACGAUGACCAUAAUCCUGUCACCCCUUGCUUUUGUCGGCUAUGUCAUAUGGGUGGCACUAUGCUCCUUCUGUGUCCAGCAGCCCUUUAUUUAUGUGGAUUCUGAUGAACAUCAGUCGUCAGUUGUUACUCAGAAAUGUCCGACAAGUUUUACCAUUUGCUCAUCAAAUGUAAUUCUCAUUCCUGAGAUUCUUGUGCGAUACAACAAUAAUAGGAAUGUAUACUGGCGGGCACAGGAGAUACCUACAAGGUUCAUGCGCCAUCAGACUCCAUCCCUGAACGUAAUGAGAAAUUUAUGUAAACCUGUGAAAAGAGAAGAUAUUGUCCAGAGCUGGCUUCCAGAUAUUGAUGUGAUCAUGCUUCAGGAGGUAUUUGAAAGAUUGCGAGGGAGACAGCUUUAUAACAAGUUUUCAAAGAAGUAUCCUUAUUGCAUAUACAAUGCAGGGCAACACAGUCUGAAAACUAAUUUGUGUUUCUUGGGAAGUGGGUUGUUUAUAGCAUCUCGCUUCCCAAUAAUGGAAGCUUCUUUUCAUCCCUUCUCCUACUCCACAAAAUAUGCUAAAUAUGUAGGGUAUGGUGUACUUCUGGCCAAGCUUUACCUGGGAGUGAAGAGCACAAAAGAUGAGCCAUUGAAAGCUGUUGGAUAUGUUGGUAAUACCCACACUCAGGUAAGAAAUUUAAAACUGAAUAGUUAUGGUUUUCAAAGAAUUCACCUUGUUAAUGAAGUAACAUGUGAAUGAAAGCAUUAUUGCAGAUAACUAUGAAAAUGUUUAAGAAUAUGAUUAAGGAAUAUGAAGAGUAGAAUUUUAAGCUUCAAAUGUUUGGAUGUUCUUUGCAAGUAUAUUUUAUAUUUAACUAAAAACAUGGACUGAAGAAUUGUUUUUGGUAAUUUUAAUUUAUUAUAUUGUUCAUAUAGCAGUUCUUGUAGAGACAGAUUAUUGACAAAACACAAUUUGGUAGUGAUUUUUCUCUGUUUUCACACAUUGUCUAUAUUUUAACCCAAUGCCGCUGGGAAAAAUGAACAGAAAAUGGGGAAAAUGCUGUGCCUAUUUUCUAUAUUUUUUGGUGAAAUGUCUGCCCAUAG